CGUAAACCGACGACCCCCUGGCGCCAUCAAAACCUCCGUCUUCCUCGGCUAUCUAUUUUACCAUUCUACCCUUCUCCCCCAUUCCAAUGAUUUUGAGGUCAAUUUGACGUUGAUUUUGAGGGAUUAGAGUGCAAUCAAACGUGUUAGAGAUGGGGAAUGGUGAAGAAACAAAAUGUGUUUUCCCCUUGACGAGUCUCCAGAUCGGAGACAUGCAAUCAUAUAUAUCUGAGCUCAGCAUUUUCAUGGGGAAUAAAAGUAAAAAGAUGUACAUAUUCGUGGACAACCAGCCAUGGUCUAAUCCUGGCACCCGACCUGCUCACUUAUGGCAGAUAGUAGUCACAAAUUAUAGACGCUCCCCUUUUGCAAACAAAGGCCGAGAGGAGAAGAAAAAGCAGAAGCAGGAAGAUGAGGAUGAGGAUGGGGAUGCAGAGGAGAAGCCUAAAGACCUUGAUCUUAAGAAAACGGAUAAUCUUAAGAAAUGGUUUUCCUUGAUCGAUGCCACGAAGUUUUCUAAUAAGAAACUACCUGCAAAGAAACUGGACGAGACCUUUUACGGUUUCAUCGUGUUUGAAGUUGAAUGGGGAAAUGUGAGGGGUAUCAGUUACUUGAAUGAGCUACAGACAGACACUUCUCUUGCUAUAGAAGCUAAGUUGAUGCGAAGGUGGGAGUUUGAUAGUAUCGACCAAGCUGUAACAAAUAUGUCUCAAUGGUUCUCUGGAACAAAAACUGAACGGUCUUGCUUGAGGGAACAUCUUCUUAAAGGAGAGGUUUUUCAUGACGCUUCAACGGAAUUCUCAAAAACUUCUCAUGCUGAUGAUGAAGACAAUGUGUCUGUUGAAACUGACUCUCCUUGCUGUUCAAGAAGUGUCUUCAGCGUUGACCAUUCUAUUGCAGAUUACGAUGAAAACGAGCCCCUCACACCGCCUCUCACUGGACCAUACAAGAGAAGAAGAGUAAGUAAAGCAGUCAUAACAGAUAACUCAUUCGACCUCUGGGAAAGCCAUGUUCCUGAUGGUGAUGAGACCAUCAUAGAAGCAACACAGUAUAAAGAUGUCCUAGUUCUCGUUAGAUGUGGUGACCGUGACCUGCCAUUCAAAUUACGAGAGGUUAUAAUGUCUGACAUACGCUUGCUCACUCUACUUGAAGCUGGUCUCCCUUCUUGGGUCUUGUUUCUUCAGUCUUACCCCUGCUUAUGCCAUCUUUAUCGUCCCUGGAUGUGUCUUCUCGCUAGAGCACUAUAUGUAAUGAUAUCAGUCAUCACCGUUGUGAUUGGCUUCUACGACCUAUACAAAAACGUCCCUGUUCUUAAAGCCACUGCAUCACGUCUCUGCGGACCACUCUUUGAUUGGGUCGAAACAUGGGACAUGGUGUCACGGAUAAAGUACUUGGGAACGAUGUUGUUUCUUCACAACGUUCAGAAAGCUGUCAGGUGGGGUCUGACAAUGGCACGUGGUAUGCAGUCGUUUGUCUCUUUACUCGUAAUGCCUCUUGUUAAUCCUCUUUUAGAGGUUCUUGCUUUUCUCCUGCCGGUAUGGAACUCGCUUGCGGAAACGGUGUUGAGUUUGACUUCAGUGGUUGGGAUAGUGAUUGAGUCUGGUUGCGACCUCGUUGGUGAUGUAGUAAAUGUGGUGCUUCUGCCUAUUUGGUUGGUCGUAUCAGUGGUUUGUAACAUCAUAAAUACUGUGUUGCUGCCUCUGUUUUGGAUCUUAUGGGAAGUGUUGUAUGCACCGAUCAGGGUGGUCGUUGCAUUGUCCAACGGUUUAGCUUUAUCUUUCUCAUACAUAUUCGAUGUUCUCGGAGACUUGUGGAGGUACAUGAGCACCUUAGUGCAGUUCGCAUCAGAUUCUCAAACAGCUUUAAAGACUACUGAAGUUUCCAUGUGGCGUACACUUUGGAAUGACCUCUUUUCUCAUGUUUUUCGUGCUGUCAGGAGUAUAUUAAACGGAUUUGUAGUCUUCUUUGCUGCCUGUAACAAACAUCGGCUUAGUAUAUAUAAUCACGUACAAGACUUUAUCAAGAGACUACGUGGACGAACCUCGAGAGCAAACUCAGAACAUGGCAGGUCUGCUAAGAACCAUCAACGUAAAGGAGAUGAUACGAGAAGGAAGUUGCAUCUUGCAUAGAAGUCAACACCAGAAUCUUGAUUCAUUUUUUGUUACAGGAGAGGAUAGAUUAUUAUCACUGUAUAUAGAUAGGUUUUACUUACACACCUGCAUAUGUUUUGUCGCCAGGAAACAUAAGAGUCUCUAAUAAGCCAAAGGAUGAUGUAUAUAUACUUACUAAUGUAUAUAGGAAAGAAAGGAAACAUUCUCUUCUUGCAAAUCUCGUAGUUAUCAAUAUAUU